UGUUUGGAUCUUCUCAGUUCCUCUGUUCCUUCUCUGCAAAUCUCUCUUUCUGCCCUUCCCCUGAUCAAGUUGGUCUUCCAGCAUGAGUCUGCUUUCCUCUCUUACAGAACCAAUGCACAGUAUUGAUUCCAAGAUUGAAGUUAGGGGUUAUUAAAUAAGAGAGAGAAAAAAUAUAUAGGAUUACAAAUGAAACCAGUUACAUUGAAAUGCAGUUACCAAAAAAAAAAUGAUGUUAAUCUCAGGAUUAGGAAUCCCUUCUUUAAAGGACCUAAGAAAACCACCUACCUUAUAGCAUAAAUGAUUCUUUUUCCUUCCAUAAAAACAAGACUAGAAGCAUGCAGACUGGUACCUAAAAUUUCUCCUAUAUGUUCUAAAAUUCUACUGAUUAGAAAUUGUCCAUCCAGGAUUUAGUCCUGGGCAUUGGCAAAGUACCAAAUCUUUACUAUGUAAAAGGGAAUUUUCAAAGGGUAAAUUCCCUUUUCAUGGAACGGGUGGGGCAAAGAGCAAUUUUGGAUCAGGAAGACACCUGGGGCAUGGCUUUGUUCAGAGGGACUGAGACCCUCAUAGUUUGGAUCUUUUGAAAAUUGAGGGGGGCUAAAGAAGGAAGGGGGGAGACAAAUUGCAGCUUUAAAUUUUGCCCUGGGCCUUCAUGUCUUUAUCCAAAGUCUAGGUAAAGUUACUUUUUAACCUUAAUCUGGUUAUACCUUCAACACACAUAACACUGCAUGCUUGAGUGGUGAAAUUGGGGAAUGCAGAAAUCACAUGCAGUAGUAUUCCUUAGUAUUUUCCAGGGAACUAAAAUGCUAAUGAGAGGGCCCUUAAGUGGUACAGAGACUAGAGUACCAGCUCUGGAGUCAGGAAUAUUCAUUUUCCUGAAUUCAAAUCUGUCUUCAGGCACUUAAUAGCAGAGUAAUCCAGGGCAAGUCACUUAAUUCUGUUUGCCUCAGUUUCCUCUGUAAAAUGAUCUGGAGAAGGAAAUGGCAAUCCACUCCAUAUCUUUGCCAAGAAAACUUCAAAUAGAGUCACAAAGAGUAUGACAAUACUGAAAAAAAAAAGACUAAACAACAUCAAAAUGCCAAGGUACAUAGAAUAAUUAGGAGGCUUAUCACAAUAUCUAAAGGCUCUUUCAGUUAGGCACUCAGUAGGCAUUAUUAUGUGCCAACUAUACCCCAGAGAGGCUAAAUCCUGGGGAUCUGAAGAAAAGCUAAAGACAGCUCCUGCCUUCAAGGCACUCACAAUUUAAUGAGAGAAACAAUAAGUAAACAUAUAGAAACAAGCUGUAUACAGAAUAAAUGGGAAAUAAUUAACAGAUGGAAGGUAAUAGAAUCAAGAAGAAUUGGGAAAGGCUUCCUGAAGAAGGUGGGAUUUCAGGGACUUGAAGGAAGCCAGGAGGCAGAGAUAUGGAAACCAUUCUAGUCAUGGGAACAGCUAAAGACAAUGACCCGGAAUCUACUGAAGUUGAGUGAUAGUUUCUUGCUUAUGGAACAUUCAGGUCAGUGUCUCUGGAUCAAGGAAUAUAAGGGAAGUAGGAAAGAGUGGGAAGCAUAAGAAGACUGGAAAGGCAGCUUUUCAGGUGAAAUAGAGGAUUUUGUAUUUGAUCCUGGAGGUGGUAAGAGAGUUUAUUGAGUAUUGGCAUGACAUGAUCUUAUUUGGGCUUUAAGAAGUUGGUAGCUGGAUGGAAGAUGAACUCUAUUGAGGAGAGAUUUUAGCAGACAGAUGAAUUAGCAGGUUUCAGUAUGGGAUAGUGAGAGCCUUCCUCAGGAUGGUGGCAGUAUCAGAGGAGAGAAGGGGGCACAUUAGAGGUAUUGGAAAGGUGAAAUUUACAGAUUGAUGGAGGGUUGGGGAUGACAGUAAAGACUUGGGAGCCUGGGGGACUAAGAGGAUGGGAAGUUUAGAAGCCUUUAGGGGGAAAGAUAAUGACAGGCCCAGAGAUAGGAGGGUCCUGAAUUCAAAUGUGACCUCAGACACUUCCUAGCUAUGUGACCCUGGGAAAGUUAUUUAACCCCCAUUGCCUAGCCCUUACUGGUCUUCUGCCUUAGAACUAAUACACAAUAUUGAUUCCAGGAUGGAAGAUAAGGGUUUGUUGGUUUUUUUUUCCCCAAAAAGAAAGAUAAGGAGUUCAGUUUUGAACAUGAUGAGUAUAAGAUGUCUACUGGACAUUCAGGUAAAGAUAUCUGAAAGACAGUUGGAGUUAUGGAACCAGAGGUCUCCCUUACAUGUGAUUUUCAUAGCUUAUUGCAGUGAUGGCAAACCUAUGGCACAGAUGCCAAAGAUGGCAUGCAGAGCACUCUCUGUGGGCAUGCAUCUACUCUCCCCCCCCAAAGAAUUAAUUAUUAGAAAGGCAGAGGGGGGGGCAGCUGGGUAGCUCAGUGGAUUGAGAACCAGGCCUAGAGACGGGAGUUCCUAGGUUCAAAUCUGACCUCAGCCACUUCCUAGCUGUGUGACCCUGGGCAAGUCACUUGACCCCCAUUGCCUAGCCCUUACCACUCUUCUGCCUUGGAGCCAAUACACAGUAUUGACUCCAAGACGGAAGGUAAGGGUUUAAAAAAAAAAAAGAAAGAAAGGCAGAGGGGUUCAGGCAGAGCUGCUCCCCUCCCCCUCCCCAUGUGCCUGAUGACACUUUUUCACAUCCUCACCCCUAUGCCCAGCGGCCCAAUGGGAGCUCACAGGAGGUAAGGUGGGUUGCUCACAGGCAGCAGAGCUAGAGGGGAACGGAACACUCAGGCCACUCCCUUCCCCCUCUUUACCUGCCAUGAAGACAUUUUUCACUUAACCCACAUUUCUUCCCAGCAGACCAAUGAGAGUGCUUUCUCCCUCCCCUGUGUGUGUAGGGGCAUGGUGUGCCGAGCACUCAGUGCGGAAGUAGGGAGUGUGUAGCCCAGCAUUCUGUCUCUAAAAGAUUCACCAUCAUUGGCCUAUUAUAAUCUAUUCAAAGGCAGUUUUCAACUACAAUUAUAAUGCUACUCUAAACAUCUUCAUUUCUUAUUCUCCUUCCUAGUUUCUCAGUCAUCUUUCUUAACCAGACAUACUAGCCAAGUGUUUGACAAGAGUGAUGAAUUCUGGCCUCAGAGAUUUCCUAACUGUGUGACCCUGGGCAAGUCUCUUAACCCCCAUUGCCUAGCCCUUACCACUCUUCUACCUUGGAACCAAUAUACAGUAAUGGAUCUAUGACAGAAGGGAACUGGAAACAAAAUAGAUGCCCACGGAUUGGGGAGAGAAAUAAACAAAUGAAGAACAUGAAGUAAUGAAAUACUUAUUGCUGUGCUUUAAAGAAACAAUGAAUAUAAAAAAUAUGGAGCACUGGAAGACUUGAGAUAAAAAGUAAUCUCAACAAAAUCAUGAAAACAUAUGCAUUGAUAAUGAUAAUAUAAAUGGCAAGAAUAAUCACAUCAUCAAUACCAAUACUGUGAUAUAAUGAGUAUGCUUGGUCUCAAAGAAGAAAUAUAGAGGGAGGCAUGAUCUUCUGGAUCUCCUUUACAACCCUCGUAAAGAGCCUGCCAUCACAGCCACAACCACAGCCACAGCCACCACCACCACCCAGGCCAACUGAUUAAUUACUACUGAUGGUCAGCCUCAGAUUAUCCCUCCUGCCUGCCCCCUAUCUUCUCAGUAGAAAACCUGGCCUCUAAUUUGUGGAUGGAGUACUCUAGAAAGUGACUGCAACCUUGGGUUCAAGGCUAUCUACACACUGACUUUGACUUUAUUAUUCACCUCUCUCCAAAGUUACUAAUAGUCUCUUAGCUGCCAAAUCUGAUAGACUUUUCUCAGUCCUCAUCAAUGAACUCUACAAACAUGUGUCACUGUUGACUAUAUUUGUCUCUUGGAUACUCUUUGAACUUUUGUGAGUGACUUCUUCAUUUCCUUUCCCAGUUCAUUUUAUAGGUGAGGAAACUAAGGCAAAUAGGGUUAAGCAACUUGUCUAGGAUCACACAACUAGUGUCUGAUGCCAAAUUUGAGCUCAAGAAAUGAAUCUUCCUGACUUCAGACUCAGUACUCUACUGUGCCACCUACAUACCUUGUUAUAUAUAUAUGCUGUUACUUCCAAUAAAAUAUAAACUCCUAACUGGAAAGACCUACAUGAACUGAUGUGUAAUGAAAUAAGUAGAACCUGCAGAACAUUAUACACAGUUAUGGAAACAUUGUGGGACAAUCAAAUGUAACUGACUUUGGUUCUAAUAGCAAUGCAAUGAUCCAGGACAAUUCUGAGGAACUUAUGAGAAAGAGCACUAUCCACAUCCAGAGAAAGAACUGUGGGAGUGGAAACACACAGAAGAAAACAUAUGAUUUGUCACUUGUUUAUAUGGGCAUAUGAUUUGGGGGUUUGGUUUUAAAAGAUUAUUACAAAAUUGAAUAAUAUGGAAAUAAAUUUUGAGUUUUAAUAUAUGUAUAAUUCAGCAGAAUUGCUUGUCAGUACCGGAAGGGUGGAGGGAAGGGGGGGGGGAAUACAUGAAUCAUGGAACAAUGGAAAAAUUUUUAAAUAAAAUUUAAAAUAAUUGAAAUUUUUUUUAAUGUAAACUCUUUUGGACAGAAAUUAUUUCAUAUUUCUAAGCAUCUAACAUGGAGCCUGACACAGAGAAAGGGAUAGGGCCUAGAACAAUGAAGUCAUUGACAUAGGGAACUCCCAGAUGAGGAAACUCCUUUUGCCCAAUCAGGUCAGUACCUUUUCUACAACUUAAAAGUCUUAGAAUGUUGCCUGUACUAUUGUACUGAAAAGUUAGAUGACUUAUCAAGGGUCACAUAACUGGGAUAGAUCAGAAACAGCAUUUGAACUCAUGACUUUCUGCAUUUGAGGACAGUUUUAGACUCUCUACCAUACUGCCUCUGACUUUAUGUUUGAUUAUGAAGGCACAAGUACUUUGGAAGAGGAGAAAAGGGAAUACAAGGAAAUUAGAGGUAGAAAGAAGUUGUAGAAAAGGAGACUGUAGCAUGACUCUUAAAGGAAACAAUGUGCUUUGAAAUUUUUCAGAAGACAGGACUGGAUAUUAUAGAAAAGAUACAUUUUAACAAGUUAACCUCUGAGGUCCCUGUAUGGAUAUUCUAGUAAUUUUUUUUUAAUGCUUACUUUCUAUCUUAGAAUCAAUACUAAGUAUCAGUUCCAAGGCAGAGAAGUAGUAAGGGCUAGGCAAUUGGGGUUAAGUGAUUUGUUUAAGGUUCAAAUGUGACGUUAGACACUUCCUAGCUGUGUGAUCCUGGGAAAGUCAAUUAAUUCCAAUUUUCUAGCCUAGCACUGGUAAACGUUUUCUAGUUCACGUACCCAAAUGCCUGAGAUCACAUUUUGUAAAAAUUAAAUCAGUCUCUAGCACCUAAAAUAUUAUAUUUGAUGAGGUUUAUUAAGGAUUAUUAGAAAUCAAGGAAUAAAGAAAAUGCAAAAUAAGAAACCAAGUGCCUAGGGUUGAUUAGCCCAUUCAAAGCUUACUUACUACAUCAUUGCAAUGGCCAAGCAGAGUGAGAACGUGGGAGCCGGUACCUCCAGUUAAAUACUAAUUGUGAUCUCACCCAGGUGGAGACUCAGGUGAAAUUACAGGGAAUUCUGGGAAUUACCAAGGACUUCUGGGGAUUGAAGUCUAGGGUUCAAAUCUCCAUUUUACAAUUUGAUCCCAGGACCUCCCGUCUCUAGGUCUGGUUCUCUAUCCAUUGAGCCACCUAACUGUUCCUUCUAGUAAAUGCUUAACUGACUCUUCAAAAAAGUCAAAUAAACUAGUAUGCAUGACAGAUGUUCAAGUUUAAUCUGAAUUAUUAAGUUUUCCAUUCCUUUCUUAAGUCUGGACAAACAAUAAGAGAACAUGUCAUAUCAGAGUUUAUAACAUUUGUUGAUUCCAGCAUUAUAAAUGUUCACAUUGAAAAUUUAACAAUUGGCUCUAGUGAGCUCUAGAGUUGGCUACAGAGUUUAUGAGGAGAGUCCCCUGUGCCCUACUGGUCCUGUUGUCCUGUCAGGACAUCAUGGUUUAUGUUGGUGCGAGCGGGAAGUAUGUGUGUGGUUCAGUUUCUUAUGACAUCAACUUUUUGUUCCAUGAAGAUUUGUUUGAAUUCACAGGGGCAGGCCCAAAGUUAAAUGUAGGCAGAGAUAUUUCUAGUCUUUUGCAAUUUUACUUGCAGGCUACUUCCUUUCCCUUGAGCCUGAUAAUAGCCUUCAGAUUGCACUUUCCUUUUAAUUCUGUUUGGCAUUUUCAUCUAUUGUUUCUUAAACCAGAGAAUUAUAAGGCAAUUUGUCCAGUUCUUGGGCUCACUUAAUAAUGAAGGAAGACAACUAGGGGCAACUUGGUGGCUCAGUGCAUCAUGCCUGGAGACAGGAGGUCCUGAGUUCAAAUGUGACCUUAGACACUUCCUAGCUGUGUGAUCCUGGGAAAGUCAAUUAAUUCCAAUUUUCUAGCUAAGCAUUGGCAAACGUUUUCUAGUUCACGUGCCCAAAUUGCAAUUUAAAGCUACCUGUGAUCUUCUACCCCCCACUGCCCCAGAGAGAGGAGGGAGGAAGUGGUUGCUUUGGGCGGCUGGACAGAGAGGUGAGGCAUGAAAAAAUAUCUUCAGUACUGGGUAAAGGGCAGGGAAUGGAGCAGUUUCCCACCCCCCUCGUGCCAAAGCUUGUCUAGCCCUUACUCUCUUCUGCCUUGAAACCAAUACUUAGUAUUAAUUCUAAGACAAAAGGCAAGGGUUUAAAAAGAAAAAAGAAAACAAUUACCUAUCUCUAGCUUUAGAGAAAAUUAUAUGGGAGAGAGUUCAUAAAGUUUAACCUGAUGAAAUACUUGUUGAGACAAGACAAAAAUAAGAAAACCCUUUGAAUGACAAAGAAAUGUCCCUAAAUUUGUUGCCAAAAAUGAACAUAAUUCAGCCUUGGAAAAGGAAUAGACAAUAUUUACCAGUCCACAAAUCUUUUUUAAUUUUCUUGCCCUCUUUCCUAUGAACUGUAUAGGUAGUAAAUGAAAAUAAAUGAACGUUAUUUACUUCUCAGCUUAAUUCCUUUCAGAAGAGUGACUAACUAGCUGGGAGGUUGACAUAUAGCUAGCAUUUUCUUCAUGAUUGGGUAGGACCCAUAAAAAACUAGAGCUAAUAAUUCCCAAGAAGGUGGCUCAUGUCUUUGACAAUUUGACUUAGGAAGUCUAGAGAGAAGUAAGGUUUAGAGCAUUUUCCUGAGGCAUUGAUCCCAGGGGGAAGAAGGAGUGAGGAUGUGGAGGAGAAAAGAGGCUCAACAAAAAUGUUUAUGGUAAGAAAAAAAUGAUAAAAAUUUUUUUAGACAUAUAGUUUCUCAAGCCUAUUUAGUGGAGGAAAGGGAAGAAAACUAUUUGUUUUUAUCCCUAGUUUUGUCAUAUUUUGGUUCCAUUUGAGGGUAGGAGUUCUUGAAAAAAAAAAGUUUGUCCAUUCAAGAAUGGAGAUGAGAACUGCCAGAGCUGAAUUCCCUUACGCAGAAAGAGUUGCAAUGGUUGUCUUUAUUUAUAGCUAUGCCCCCAUAUUGGCUUCUUCCCCAAAGAUUUUUCCAGGUUAUUUUGUCUAUACAACUCCCACCAAAUGCAUGAGAAUGAUUGAAAAGAUUAAAGAAGAAAAUCAGCUACAGUGGGAAUAAGAGAAAGGAAGAGCCAAGAAAGUAAGAAUGUAACAUGCAAUAGAAAAAUAAUGCAAAGAGAAAGCACCAAAAUAAACACACGAUCCUUUCCCCUACCCCCUCUCCAUGACUGGAAAAAGUACUAAACAGGCAGCCAAAAUGAAGACAUUUAAGGAGUCUUGAACUCAUGGACGUAAGCCCUUGGUAUAGUUUGCUCCCUUGAGAAUAAGACCCCAAUUUAUACUUGCAGUUUGGGUGUCCUAGAGCGGGGAUGGGGGCAACUACUCAGAUUCAAAGUACAUUAUAUCUUUAAUCUUCUCAUGGUUACUGUAUAUAUUUGUGGGAGAGUAUGCCCCAGGUUUUGGGGAGGAAUGUGCAUGCUAUGUUAUUUCUAUGAAUGCCUUUUGGUUCAAUCUAAUUGUAUCAUUUGCUGACUAUUGCACAAAAACACAGUGAUAGGGGCUGGUGAGCAAUAUAGUCUGAGGAGUGUGGACCUACUGUGUUUGCCAAGGAUCUCCACUUGGGAGACCUUAGUUUUAUGGAAAUCUAUUGGGAAAAACAGCAUUUUAUUUAUUUUGUUUUCAAUUAGACAUUUAAUUUUCUAUGAUGUGGCUGUAGCACAGCAGCCAUACUUUGGUUAUACCAUUUUGGCAGAUGAGCUAAAACCAGGGUGAGGGUAAUGAACAGGCCUCAGACCCAUUAGUGAGGUAGGAUGAUGACUACUCCAAACAGGUGAAGACUCCCCCCUGGAAUAGGUGAAUGAGAACAAUUUGUUCCCAAUAACCAUGAAGGCAACUGAAGCAGCCUCUGUGGAGUUCUUAGAGCUUGGUCUGACAUUGAAGAUGCCAUCUCCAGGCAUCCAGUCCCAGACUUUGGUCUUGCCAUUGGAUUUAGAUAACUGGAAGACAGUGAGGUUGGUGACUCUGGGCAAUUCUGCCUCACUUAAAUCCAAUUCACUAAGAACAAUAACAACAAUGGGGGCUUGAACCAUAUUAACAAAUACAAAAAUCAAUGCAAUUUUUUUCUUUUAGUGCCUGGACCCCCGAGGUUGGGUGUAGACAAAGAUAGACAGCUUUUAGGAAGGAAUGCAAAGUAGAGAGAAGACAGCUAUUUUUUUUGUAUAAUAAAAUGAAAGAAAUGUGUUAAAUUGAUAGAGGAGAUUUUGGAGGCUUAUAGAGAUGCACUUUCAGAAAGCAAUGGUGGCAAUGGGUUGCAGAAAGCUUCUGUAGAGUGUUUCAUUUUUAAAUCCAUUGAAAAUCUUUUAAAAUAAAAUUACAGCUUUGAGGCAUGUAACUUUCUUUUUCUAGACAUCACACAUACAUAUCUCCCUUACAAGUGCUUCAGCAACCUAUAGGUCCAGAGGCAGGAGGAUAGACAAGAUGUGGCUUCAGCUUCUAUAAACCCAAAGACAACUGGAAGAAUAUUUUAUUCCAGUUAGUAUUACCAAGGCAAAGUCUUACUAAAUAGACUGUAAGGGUUGGAGGGGUGGAGUCAGGAUGGUGGCUUAGAAGCAGCAGAAGCCAAAUCCUCUAUGACUAUCCUUCUAUACCAAGCAAAAACAAGUACUUCAAAAAAAGACAGAAAUCCAAAUCCAACAACAAGAUGGAACCAUAGGACUCUCCUACAUGAUUCAACUUGAAAUGUACACAGUUAAAGUUGAAUUCUAGGGUAUAAAGGAAAGAUGGAAAGAUCUAAUACCCCUCCCCCACGUAUUGCACUGAGACCUGCAAUAGGAUUUGGGCUGACAGUGGGAUCUCAGGGCAAAGACUGCUGCUAUGAUGUAGUACCUUGGUACCACCACAUGAACCUCAGGGUUCUGACUGCAGUGGGUGGCUGGCAGAGAGGAGCAGAGGGAAGGGCCAGUUGGUUACUACCUUCGGUUUCCACACUUUCACCUUCAGCUGCUGUGGGCAGGUGGGGAAUAUUUAGCCCCAGGGCAGAUUAGCUCAGCAGGUCAGUUCAACCAGUCUAAUUCAGUAUACCAGCAGAGCUGAGAAGAAGCCCGUUCAGGGCAGAAAAGCUCAAACUCAUAGGACCAGUAAAAAACAAGAGCAACAGAGGAAAAAAGGGAAAUUACCAUUGAAAGCUUCUAUUCAAAUAAAAAACAAAGAAUAGAUGGAACAGAGGAGGACUAAGAAACAGUGAGCAAAACCUCAAAAAUUCCAGCAAAUUGGACUCAGGCUCUGGAAGAGCUCAAAAAAGAAUUGACAAAACAAGAAAGAUAGAUUGAAGAAAAUUGGGAAAAGAACUUGAAAAGCAAAAUAGAUCAUCUGGAAACAGAGGCAUGUGAACUAGAAUGAGAAAACAGUGUCUAAAAACCAGAAUUGACCAGCUCAAAAAUGAGGCAAAGAAAUUAAAAGAUGAAAAGAAUGGCUUACAAAGAAAAAUAGAUCAAAAGGAGAAGGAAGAUCAAAAAGUCAUGGAUGAGGGGGCAACUGGGUGGCUCAGUGGAUUGACAGCCAGGCCUAGAGAUGGGAAGUCCUAGGUUCAAAUUUGGUCUCAGACAAUUCCUAGCUGUGUGACCUUGGGCAAGACACUUAACCCCCAUUGCCUAACCCUUAUCACUGCCUUGGAACCAAUACAGAAGGUAAGGGUUUUUUUAAAAAGGCAUGGAUGAUAUUCAGUCUUUAAAAAUCAGAAUUGAACAAUUAGAAGCUAAUGACUUCGCAAGGUAUCAAGAAUCUAAAAAACAAAAUCAAAAGAAUGAAAAAUUAAAAGAAAGUAUGAAACACCUCAUUGAAACAACAACUAACGUGGAAAAUAGAUCGAGGAGAGACAAUUUAAGAAUUAUUGGUUUACCUGAAGGCCAUGACAAAAAAAAAAAACAAAAAAGGGCCUAGACAUCAUACUACAGGAAAUUAUCCAGAAAACUUCCCUGAUAUCCUUGAAUAAGAGGGUAAAUAAAGAUUGAAAGAAACCAUAGAUCACCUCCUAAAUUAAAUCUCCAAAUGACAACUCUCAGGAAAGUUAUAGCCAAGAAUGUACCAGAUUUAAUUGUUAUUCCGUUGAUUCACAAAGUGUAGUGGGUGUAUCAGGAAUACCUCAAAGAGUUGAAAAACUUGCCCCUAGAAUGGUGUCUGUAGGACCCCUACAGGUACAACAUUCCUUUCUUUUGAUGCCUGACUCCCCUUUAAAUUUUCUGGGGAGAGACCUCCUAUGCAAACUCAGAGCCACAAUAACUUGUUCACCAGAUGGUUCUUUAUCAUUGGAAGUACCAGAGGAAUCGUUAAAUUUCCUCCCUGUACUUCUCUCGGAAAACCAGGAGGCAAAAGAGCCUUCCACUGUUGAAAUACCUAAGGAUAUACCGGAGUCUCUUUGGGCCACAUCUUUUUCCAAUGUAGGCUUACUUAAAUCUGCUUUUCCUGUGCAGAUAAAAACUAAAUCUAGCCCACCUCCUUCCAUCCCUCAGUAUCCCCUCUCAAAGGAGGCAAUUGAGGGUAUUACAUCAGUUAUUAACUCACUAAUAGAACAGGGAAUAAUAAUCCCUUGCAAAUCUGAAUACAACACGCCCAUCCUGCCAGUUAAAAAACCAAAAAGAGGGCCUGAUGGUAAGCACCUCUAUAGAUUCGUACAGCAUCUGAGGGCAGUGAAUAAUCACAUUAUAAAGAGACACUCUGUAGUUUCUAACAUAAAUACUAUUAUUUCCUCUAUUCCUAGCACAGCUACAUACUUUACAGUAGUAGACUUGUGUUCAGCUUUCUUUUCCAUACCUAUACAUGAGAACUCCAGGCAUAUUUUUGCUUUUACCUGGAAGGGCUCACAAUAUUCAUGGAGUCGGCUGCCAUAGGGUUAUGUGGAAAGUCCGAGUUUAUUUGAGCAAAUUUUGAGCCAAGACACAGACAAUAUAACAUUUGAAAAUAGCAAAUUAAUCAAAUAUGUAGAUGAUCUGCUCUUGGCUUCAACAGACGCAGAAACAUGUCAAGAAGAUAACAAACACCUUCUUUUGGAAUUGUACAAAAGAGUACAUAAAAUCUCGAAGGAUAAAGUUCAGUGGUGUCUCCCAAAAGUAGAAUAUUUGGGAUUCAUCUUGACUGCGGGUGCUCAUUAUAUUUCUCCAAAAGAAUUGAGAAUAUUCAAAAUUUAAGCGCUCCUACUACUAAGAAACAGUUGAGAGCAAUUUUAGGAACAACAGGGUUUUGCAGACAAUGGAUUCCUUGCUAUGGGGAAAUUACUAAACCCCUUAUAGCAUUAACAAAGGAUUCGGUUCCUGAACCCCUCAAAUUAGAGCCUGAACACUUGUCAGCUCUAUCAGAUCUAAAAAAGGCUAUCAUGUCUGCCCCUGCACCCCAGAUUACAACAAGCCAUUUACUUUGUAUGUGCAUGAGUGAAGAGGACUAGCUUCUGGCGUGUUAAAUCAGAGCACCACCAUGUCUUAGAGGAGUAGCUGCUACAGCCUUACUAGUAACAAAAAUUGUUGAUUUAGUAUUGGGAUGUCUAUUAACAAUAAUGUGCCCACAUGAGGUAGAAGCAUUGUUGAUAAAAUAUAGAACACAGGCAUUCUCGGAUCAGAGAAUUACAAGAUAUGAAAUAACCUUAUUAAAUAGUGAAAACAUUACUUUAAAACGUUGUACUACUCUUAACCCUGCCAUCUUGCUUCCAGAUUUACCAACUUCAGGAGACCCAUUACACAAUUGUGAAACAUUAGUGUCCAUGGCAGAAAAGCCUCAAAAUAAUCUCUUGGACACUCCCUUAGACAAUGCAGAUCUGAUUUUAUUUACCAAUGGUUCCUCUUUUAUGAGGGAUGGCAUACGUUACACUGUAGCUGCCGUAGUCUCAGAAUUUGCCACUGAAUGGUCAGCUUCACUACCUUCUAACAUUAGCGCUCAAGGAGCAGAACUCAUAGCUCUGAAUCAAGCUUGUAUAAUUGCCAAGGAUAAAAAGGCAACAAUUUGUACGGAUUCUAGAUAUGCUUUCGGCAUUUGUCACUCAGUCAGAAUGUUAUGGCUCCAGAGAGGAUUUUUAACCUCAGCUGGAAAAUCUAUAGCUAAUGCAGAAAUUAUUAAUGAAGUUCUUUCUGCUCUCCAGCUUCCUGAAGCCCUAGCUGUAGUUCAUUGUUCUGCCCAUACAGGUGGCACUGACCCUGUCUCUAGAGGAAAUGAUCGAGCAAAUGCCGCUGCAAAGGUAGCAGCCAUAGAAGGGCCUGAAUUAAUUUUAACAUUAACAACCACUAAUGAUUUAAAUUUACCACUUUCCUAUAAUGAAAAGGAAGUGGGAAAAUGGAAACAAAAAUUUAAAGCAAAACAGAUUAAUGGAGUAUGGGUGUCAUCUGAAGGAAAACCCCUGCUCCCUAGAAGUUUCUAUAACCAAAUUUGCCAAUCUAUUCAUAAAAAUGGUCAUUUUGGCACCCAGGGCAUCAUGGACUCUGUCAAGAGAGUAUGGAUAGCCCUUGUUAUAACUACUAUAGCCUCUAAAGUAUGUUCAGCCUGCUCUACCUGCCAGGCAUAUAACCAACAUGCAUUUCGUGGAAAAGCCUUUGGUGGACGUCCUCUAGCUUACACACCUUUUGAAUAUCUACAGAUAGAUUUCAUAACAAUGCCAAAGGCUGGACGUUAUAAAUUUUGUCUAGUAAUUGUAGAUCAACUAACCAGAUGGCUGGAAGCAUUUCCUGUGACCCGAGCCACAGUGGAUUUUGUUGCAAAGAUACUUUUAAAAGAAAGUAUUCCUCGCUUUGGCCUGCCAGCACAUAUUGAUUCCAAUAGAGGGAGUCAUUUUACUGAUUCUGUUCUAAAUCAGAUAUAUUCUUGCUUGGAAAUAACUCCCAAAUUUCAUGUUCCAUAUCAUCCCCAGAGCUCAGGCCAAGUAGAACUUAAACUUAAGAACUUAAAGAACUUAAAACUAUGAUUGGAAAAUUAUGCACUGAGACCCAUUUAAAAUGGCCUGAAAUUCUCCCUCUGGCUCUAUUUUAUCUUAGAAGCAGGCCUAGAGGAGACUUACAUAUUUCACCAUUUGAGAUGCUUUUUGGACAUCCGCCUAUACAGGCUAAACCUUUUUCCCCUGCAUAUACCUCACUAUUAGGGAGAGAUAUUACUAUUGCUUCCUAUAUACAGGAGUUACAGCACAAACUACGUGAACUUCAUGAAUCUGGAGCUGCAGUACAAGCUAGACCACUAGAUUUUUCUCUGCAUGACCUGAAUCCAGGAGAUAAAGUUUAUAUUAAGAAUUUCAAGUGAACUGGAGCAACUCAGCCUUCAUGGGAAGGACCAUUCCAAAUAUUGUUAACUACUCCAACAUCCAUAAAGGUUGGAGAGAAGGACUCUUGGAUUCACUGCUCACAGGUGAAGAAAGCAUCUUCUGCUGAGACUGAUUGAUGUAUCUUAUCACAUGAAUUGGAGAUAAUAAUCCAUUGACAAAUGGAUGCUGUUUUUUGAGAACACAUUGAAUUACUAAUUUUUCCUUAAUUUUUAUUAUUGCUUUUCUUUAUUUUGAUUAGAAUAUUUGAUUUUUUCUAUUUUCUUGUACUAAAGGUACACAUAAUUAAUAUUAUUUUUCUGCAGUAAUACAAGUUAAUAUAUAUAUUCUUGCUAUAAUGUCAAUGCAUACCUAAAAGCUUUAAACUAUGGGAACCUGCCAAUUAUUAAUAAAAUAUUAUAGGACUGUGAUUAAUGUUUGUAUGUGAUUCUAGAAAAAGGGAUAAAAAACAAGGAGCACAGACUUAACCUGAAUAGUGCCAAAAAGAGCACACAUGAAAUACUAAUGUGAGACUCGAGGUUGCGACGUUUGACAUAUGUUAAGUCGUAGGACUUCCUUGUAUCUACACUCUUUGUGAAGUACUCAUACAAGUACAAAAUUUGACUAUCAUGCUGGCUCCCUAUAUCCCUGAGAAUGACAAAAAAAUCAGACGAGGGAAUGAUGCUUCCCUAUCAAAAUAGAAUUCUAAUUCUUUUCUUCUUAUAUUAUGGCAACUUCCUGUAGUCUUGGCUACAAAUGACUAAGUAAAAUAUUACUGCAUUCUGUCCUACAUACUUGUGGGAUAGAAAUUACUUUAAAUUGGACCUAUACAAGGACCUAUUUUGAAUUUUUUCCUUAUGUUUUUGAUUGUGCUUUUCUCCUCUUUUGAUAAUUGAUUCAUACACCCCCAUAACUGAACAUUGCAUUCUGAGCUAAACUUGAUGUUUUUUAACACCUACUUCAGGGGGGAUUGUAUUUUAAUUUAAAAUCUAAGAAUUUUUGAAUUUUUUUGUAUGAGAUUGUAUUUUUAUAAAAAUCCAAGAAUUUUGAUUUUUUGUUUAAGAUUGUACUUUUAUAAAAAUUCAAGAUUUUGAUUUUGUUCAAGAAAAGAUCUUCAAGAAAGAAGCUUGAAACUUUUAUAUCCAGAGAAUGAACUGUUGCAGAAAAAUGCCGGAAAACCUACACUUCAUCAAGAAGAUCAAGAAUAAACUUUGAAUAUGAUUGAUUGAACUGAACUUUGAUUGAACAUUUAUUGUAAAUGUACACAUUUAUGCCAAAAGGGACUGCCCCUAAUUUGGCUUUCUGUCAAUGCGCCUAGCAAAACAUUGGUUUUGCUUUCUUCUCUUUUCUAUUUCCUCCCUCACUAUUCUAAUUCCUCUUAGAAAUUUGAAUAUUGUGUAUAUCCAUAGUUUAGAAGUGCAUUUUGGAUUACAAAUUGAUUAUGUUAAAUGAUCAAUGGGGAGACUAGUCUCCCAAUGAUCAUCAGGGGGGAUUGUAAAUCUUGAAAUUUCUCAGACUUGUGAAUGUUAAAAAUUUCCACAUUGAGGAAUCCUCCAUUGGAACAAAUUCCCUACUGGAAACAUUCCCCAUUUUGAUGUGAGAACUCGCCAGGAUCAGAAAUGGGAGGACCUCUACUCCACCCGUACUUAAGACUGCUUUAGGGGAGAAAACUCCUUGCUAAACAAUGGAAGUACUUGGACCCAUGCUUAUAAUAAGGCAAGGAGUUCUUUGAGCCAUGCCUGUUUUUUAGAAUUGAUACAAUGGGAUGCUAGGUACCUAAAAGGGUCGGGCAAGUUUUCUCUUAAUGAUUAGUCCACUCAGCUGUGUUUUCUCUGGUUCAGACUUACUGAGGGGAUUAGUCGACACAGCAGCAUUUUCUCUGGUUCAGACUUACUGAGGAGAUUAGUUGAUUUAGCAGGAAUUCAGAUGGGCUGUCCUUUAGGAAACAUCUACGGUGAUUGGUAGAUGGAAGAACUUAGGGGAGGUGACAUAGGAAAAAACCCCCUAUAUAAGAAAAGGUAUCUCUUGAGCAAGAGAGGCUUGGAUUUCCUUGGAUGCUUGGAGAUAGAUCGUUGGAGAUAGAUCCUUUUGGAGGAGGCCCUUUGAAGAUCUCUUGAGAAGAAGUCCCUUGGGAGGCUGACUCUGGCUCCCUCUGGGGAGACUCUGUUCCCCAGACAUCCUUGCUUAGACAGAUCUUGUGGUGAGUGAUAAAAGACUGACUGACUGAUUCUCUCUCUCUUAAGACUCAGGUCUAGGCCAUGUUGGCUUAAGGCCCUUCAUACUUAUACCUUUUCUCUCUCUCUCUCUUUUCCUUUAAUUACUUAUUGUAUUAUUAAUUAAAAUCUCUAUAAAAUCCA